GUCUAUAAAAGGAAAUCUGCAGGGCGAUACACACACCAACAGUAAUACACUUUGAACUUCACGAGACUGGCUAAAAAGUGGGCAUCUUGCUUUUCCAUAUCUGCCUUGAUCAACAUUUGAAGUCUGGAGAGAACUUUUCCGAAGCCUGGACACAUGCAACACUUCUGGACGGAGAGGCAUUUGAAGCAGAAAUGGACAGUUUGAACAAGAGUCUGGGGAAGGUUUCAAUAGGAGUGCCACCUAAGCCUUCUUUUUUCACAUUUGUGCCAGUGGUGCACAUAUUACCCUUUAAAAACAUUAUUUCUGAGGAGGAGCGAUCCGGAGCUCUUACAGGAAAACCAAAUAAGAACGUAGCUGUGUCCCAUGAGAAGACAACCAGGGAGACCAUGUCGGACGGGAAGAUUUUCAAAGCGGAGAGAGUCUUUAUCAGAGACUCUGUGGAGGGAGGAGCAGGAAACAUAAUCCAACCGGAGACAGAACUUCAAUCGAUGCCUUCACUGGAACACGUGAGCCUCUCUCACACCAAAGCCUCUCCUUCAGUCAGCGCUCAUUCUGAAAAUACUCCCAACCAUGUUGCCGCCGGGACGGCCUCUAUGGAAACAGCUGUUGAUAAACACAGGGGCAUUUCCCAGUGGCGGUGUCACGAUACCUCUGGACGUGCUGAGAGACACAAGAUUAAGUUAAACUACAAAUCGCUCGCUGCAAUUCCCACAAACACCCUUCUUUUGGAUCAGCAGGCAAUCGAUGCGCAGGUAGAGAGAGAAGAGAGUCCCUGUGACACGUUGGAGAGAGGUUUAACACUGGAAAGAGGUGUUGAAGACACCCAUGCUGAGAUGUGCUCACCCGCUCAGCUCCGGCAACAGUCAGAGGAACUUUACGCAGCUAUUGAUGAAAUAUUGGCAACUUCCAUUCCAGCACCCUACAGAUCAUCGACUACAAGCGUUGGCGUGCAGCAGAACAACUCACCAUUUCCAAAAUCCUUUGGACGUGAAACCAAAUAUGCAUCUUUAUGCAGCUUGCACCCAUCUGCCAGUACGGAGAGAAAGCUGAUGGAUCCUAGAAAGACAAAGCCCGGGGUUAUUCGUCCGAUGACGGCCAUUCCAAGACUGACAGUGGAGGAUGGGGAAGAAUUUCAUCCAAAUCCCUUCAGGCAGAACUUAACUGACAACAAAAAGGUGGAAAAUAUGAGUCCUGAAAAGGCAGGGAAAGAUUUUUACACAAGUUUAAAAGGCGUGACGAUGAGAGAGGAGGGGAAGCCUGAAAGAAGAAGUCCAUUCUCAUUAUGUGACCUGCAGAUUACAGAGCCUGAAGACCAGAUCAGUCAACCUGCAAAAGAUGCUUCGGCAUCUUUCAGUCCUAAGGAAGGGCGGAUGGAAGCUUUUGAGACCCAUAUUUAAAGCAUUAACACAAAAGCAUUAACCCUUAAUCCUAAUUUUUAAAAAAUGUUUUCAGUGAACAAUAAUCUGCUAAAACAUAUUCAGUAUUUAAGACCAUUGCAUACUUAAAGGAGGAAUGACAAGUUAAUUGCACCUUACUUAAAUUAGUGAAUGAGUGCAUCACCAUUUGUACAGCUGUAUACAGAAGUUGACAACAAGGGUUUAAUGUGCCUUACAAGGAUGGUAGAAAUGCAUGCAAUUGACUGUUUACUAAUUCCCAGCCCCCUCACGUGUAGUUUACUACGAUAAGUGGAGGCAGUUAACUCGAAACUCUUUAUCAUUUUUGUAAACAGUGGGUCCUUAAUUUAAGAAAGGGGUAGACAAGAGUCUCUCUAGCUGGCGACCAUAAAUUUUGCCAUCUCAAGUGACAACUGCCACUAGCACAUUUGAUCAGCUCCAGCUAGCUAAACAAGCCAAUGUUAGUGCUGUUAGUUGGCUGAACACACUGUCUCCGAAUGAGUUUUUUGUAUUUCCUGCUAACAUGUUGUAAAAUGAGAACCCUGUAAAAUGGUCUUAAAUAUGUGCUCGGUGGCUACAUACAUGAUAUUGUGCUGAAAGACUGAGACUAAGGCCCGGGUUAUGCUAAGAAGGAAAUAGUUUGUAGGGCAUAUUGUCCGACCUCGUCAGAAGGCCGAAGUGCUUAUAUCUGUUUCCUACAGCCAAACUUGAAGAGGGUGGAAUAUCUAUUAAAUAUGGUGAUAACAACACACAUUUCCAGACAGGCUCUCCUGCAUUCAUAGUGUUGCCGCCCCCUCACGAAAAGUGACAGAUACAGUUGUGAUGUGGGUGUGAAUGUUGGACAUUUGUUUUGGUUACAGAAACUGUCAGAUGCAACCCCUGCCAAACGGUGUGUGAAGCUACUUGACUGUCUGACACGCAGGUCUCACACAGUUUAUUGGCAGCUUAAAGUUGCUUGUUCCAGGCAAAAAGUCAGUGUCAUCAUCAGUUGAUGAUUCACAUGGAAGACAUGUAAAUAAAGGGCAUUGUUCUGGUCCUGCAGCAUUGAACUAGUUAAACUUUGUAUUUUAAGUAUGAUAAGGAAAACUGUAAGAGCAGACGGUUAUUUCUUACAUACUUGGACAAGCAAAAUGGAAGUUAACGCUAGCGUUAUGUUCUACUGUUUAUAUUUUUAAUCAGCAUGUUUACAUGAAUGUAACGCUAUCUCAGAUAAAAUGAUUGACUGGCAGCGUCAAUUUCCGUAGUUCCGAUAAUUAGCUGACAGAGUUGCUAAGGUUAACCUAAACUCUGAUGUAAUAGCAUCCAGGCCCAGCCUCCACACAGCAACCAACGCUGUGCUCCUUUAGGUAUGUCGAGUAUUGCUCCUUGUACAGAAUCAUGUGCGCUGCUUUGGCAUAAAUCUGAAUUCAAUUGGACAGUUGUUGUUGGGGGGGGGGGGGGAUUAGCAAACAGUCAAUUGAUUGAAAACAUCCAAUAGCAACAAGAAAUACUUCAACUGUGAUAUUGCUCUAUUUUUUAUCCCAAGUAAAAGCUAUUUUGAAUCAUUAAAGAAAAACUUACUGUAUGGCCUUAUAUAUGCUGAAUUCACAAAAAGUCAACAUGAUAAGGGUAACUGUAGUAUAAUAUAAAAGGUAUGCAAAUUAUGCAACUCAUCACUGCUCUACAGAAAAUACUAUUUUAAUAUUAUUCAAUGAUUUGAGGAAAAAUUGUAAUAUGCAAUAAAGGACUUCCCUAUUUUGCCCUGUGCUCAGAGUUUUACUGUAUAACCUGCUGCCAUAUGUAAAUUCCCAUGUCAUUAAAGAAAA